UUUUUCGCUAAUGAUAUCGUUAUUUUGAAGUAAAAUACCACCAAAAAAAUUAGUGGCAGUCCUCGGCCACCAUACAUGUCUUCAACGAAAUGAUCAGUUUUUAAUUUUUUUAGUUACAGAGAAAAAUCAUUAAACGGAUGUGAAAUUGAAAUUAAAGGCUAUAAUUAACAAUGAUUGGCACAAAAGGCGUCUGAGAUGGCCAAAAACCACAUUUAUAUUCAUAGCACCGAUUGAAAUAUCGAUAUGCUUCCAAGUUUUUUCCUGAAAAUUUCCUCCUGUAUAUUGCAUUGUUUUUUGACUCGUCUGGCAGUGAAUUCCAUAGUCUCCAUUCCAAGUUCUUCUGUUUUCCUUGAUCUCGAGCCAGACGUAGUUGGUUAUCUUUUGGUAGGUCAAAUGUGUCUUAUUAUCAUAUCACCAUGUAGACUGUACAUAAAAAUUUUGUGUUUAAUUAUAUCUGAGACUAAUUUAAUUUGAUUUUGAGCCAGACCUGUGCCUCUGCGAUUUUUAUUAUUGCCAUAAUAAAAGAGAAAGUAACCCGUCGAGUUGGGGGUCACAGUACACUUGUCAAGACAGAAAAUUUGUAAUUUAGCAGUUAGGAACGGCUGCUCUUGUGUUGUAAAUUGACCCUUACUAAUUUCUCAAACGCGUGAUUUUGAGCACCAUAAAGGGUUUUAUAUCUUUGUUAUCUUGUUAUCUCUUAUUGUCCAUAACCAACCGCAUCUACAGGAUUGCUCGUUGCUAGGCGAAAAAAAAAACGGCUCUCUUAUUACUUACCUCGCUGUUUAUCGCCCGGAGUGCUCAUUUAACAAUUCAUAGAUCAAAGUGAUUUUGGAUAGCAUUGGGCGAGAGAGUCAGUGACAUUUCUUGAUAUUGAUUUGGACAGGAACGAAAUAGAAUUAUUCUAAGCAUUGGGCGAGCUUUAUACACCAUGUUGUUGGCACAAUGACUGUGGAAUAAAGAGAUAAAACGUUUUGGGAAAAAAAAUAUAUAUAUACAGGAGCUUCCAGUGGGCAACACGAAAAAUAAUUAAAAUGAAAGCACUUGGAGAGCUAAUAAUGUAACAAACGAUUGACAACACUGCCAUUAAAUACCGUUUUUAUUUGAUAAACAUUAUAAGCUUCUUGUUGAUUGGUCAGUUUCCAAUAUGUUACGUUUUUUAUCCUUUAUUUUGUGGUGCAGAUGUUUAAGCACAAGGACAACAUUUUUUGCCUCUCUCCCGCAACUUGGAUACAGUAUAAUUGCAGUACAGAAACGUUCUGUGUCCUGUGCAGCAUGAGCAAUGCCACGGAAAUCAGCAGCAAUCAGACCAAUUUCCGCAAUGUUUCUGAUUUUAAUGUCUCCUGCAGCCUCGUAAAUCGUACAACAGCAGAAAUUUUUCAAGCAAUUGCCUGUUCUUUUAUUUUCCUGACGGCAACCUUAGGUAACACGAUGGUGGUAAUUGUGGUGUACAAAGAACGGCGAAUGAGAACAACCGUGAACUUUUUGAUCGUCAACAUGGCUCUUUCAGAUUUCCUGUGCUCUAUGUUAGUCAUUCCGAGAAUCCUGACCGAAUUGUAUACCUACCCGGAAGCUUGGUUAAUUACGGGAACAGCAGGUCUCACCUUUUGCAAGGCUGUGCGCUUUUUCCAAGACGUCACUGUGGCCGUGUCGCUACUCAGCCUUCUGAUGAUUGCCGUUGAACGUUACUACGCAAUUUCUUGUCCAGUCGUCGCAGAUCCCAUUCCUCGAAAACGAUGUGCACUGAUGAUAGCUUUUACUUGGCUGGUGGCAUUUCUUACGUACGGAACGCAUUUGUUUACCUUCAAGUUAUCCGUCGAGGAAGAGGGCCCGACUUGUCAUCAGAGCUGGAAGCAGAUGGUUGCAGAUUCAGUCAAGGCUAGGGAAAUCGAAUUUGUUUUGCAUACAGUUCUGUCGGUGAUCGUUCCAUUUAUCGUUGUUACUGCCUUUUAUUCAACCAUCCUCAUCAGAAUCAGACGGUCGUCUGUUCCCGGUGAAGCAUCUUCGAGGGCACGAAUACGACAACAAAAGCGUAACCGAAAUGUGCUUCACAUGUUACUUGCAGUGGUAAUAGCUUUUGGCAUCUGUUGGUUUCCAUUCAUUGUCUGCAACUAUGUGCUAAUGUUCGUCUGGGUGAGCAAAAACCGACCCCAAGAUAUCCCCUGUGGUUUGGAAAUCUUUGGAGAAUGGGCGAUGUAUCUGGCUUAUCUUAAUUCGUCUGUAAAUCCUGUGAUUUACUUUGUGUUCUGCGAGAAUUACCGCAAAGGAUUAAUGAAGCUUACUUGGCCUUGCUUGUCUCCUUUCCGUAGCAAACAACAUUCUGCUCGUUCAAAAGAUACUGUCGAAAUGCAAUUUCAGGACCAAAACCGCAGAAGUAGGCGUAGGCUUCUUCGUGAUCAACGUUAAUGUGCUGAUUUGCGUGUCAGUGACGUUCACCAGCUGUAACAUCGGAUAAUAGGCUCUUAACAAAAUUUACCUUUGAAUUUCAAAACAAAGGGCCCAGUGAAGUGGAUAUUUUCUACGCCCGAGAUGAAGUCAAAGAUGUUGUUUUAUCGAUGUAUGUUUAUUUUUCCUUGGGCGAGUUGUAUUCUCUGCUAUUUUGCCACUUUCAGAAAGGCCAAAAUGUAAAUACAGCCCAUCCUUUAUGAAUUCAAACUUUACCGAAAAUGACAAACAUAAAUAAACAGGAAAUACGAAACUGCGAAAUUGAGAAAAUCAUAAUAGAUACAAAUUAAAAAAAGUACUUUGGAGACUUUGGCAAAUUUGGUC